AUGCAACCCGAUAAGUGGCGAGUGAUUGUGCCGGUGGUGAUGCUUAUGCUAAACCAGAGCGAGACCCUCGUCCUCCCCGGUCCGACGAAGACAACGACCUUGGAAGAACUGUGGUCGUUGCGUCAAGUAGAGCUCAAGUCGUUAGUGACUGUCUCUAGACAGUAUUCACGAGAAGAUUGUGGAUGUGUCGUCGAAGAAACGCCUCAAGAAUCGCCAAAGAAGCCUGAAGACGAAAGGCGUCGAAAUGGCUAA